AUGCUUAUCAUCAUAACUCAGUUCAGAAUCAGAACUGCUCACGCUCAGGCGGGCCUCAAAGGAAGGGACCUCUGUCAAGGGGAGGCCCACGCCCCAGACUCCGACAGUAGGCCUGGAGGAUCGGGAGAGGCCUCCCCAGGAAGGGAGAAGCAGACAGAACCUCAGAGAAAGAAGGCGGUCCGCCACAGAUCAGCCAGCCAGUAUGAGAAGAAGAUCGAGAGCUUGCUGACUGAAGUGGUCUCUCUGAGGAGCCAGGUGGAGCUGCAGAAGGAGGAGGAGCUGGAGCGCCAGGGGGAGGAGCUGAGCGUCUCCCAGAAGGUCCUCGCGGAGCAGGGGGAGGAGCUUCGUGAGGUCACCGAGGAGAAGUCCCGCCUCCGCAGACAGAACCAGGACCAGGACCGGGACCGGGACCAGGACCGGGACCGGGACCGGGACCGGGACCGGGAGCAGCAGGACGGCGCUGCUCUGCUCAGGAAGCUGCUGGAGGCCGAGCAGGUCUCCGCCCUGAGGGGGUCUGUGGGCAGCAGGAGGUCUGGUUCUGACUCUUCGGUCCUGGCCCGGCAGAAGGAGAUGCUGCUCCAGAAGCUGGAGACCAGAAGGUUCUACAGCAUCCACAUGUUUACUUGUUGGCAGAGGGCGUGGAGCCGGGCCUCGGGCCAGAGGGCGGUUCUGCUCCAGAGGCUGGCCCACACGGAGACACACAGCGCUCACCUCCUGCUGCAGCUUGAGGAGCAGCAGCAGGAGCUGGACCUCCGCUCCAGAGGCCUGGAGGCUGAACAGGUUCUGAUGCAGUCCUGUGAGUCCGGCCCGGUCCCUCUGGGCCUGGGGGGUAACCGCUCCACCCUCUGCCUGCAGGACCCACAGCGCCGGCAGCCCACCUGGGCUCACCUCCAGGCCCGGCUGCGCAGCAGAGAGGCCCAGAACCAGCGGCUGGGGGGGCGAGUGAAGAACCUGCAGCGAGCCGCCCUCCAACAGCAGGUGGAGGUGGAGCACCUGAAGCAGCAGCUGGAGAGGAAGAGGAGGAGGGAGGCGCUGGAGAGGAAGAGGAGGGAGGAGACGAGGAGCCAGAGACACGGAGCUGAGAGCGGAGAGGACACGGAGCUGAGGACCAGGCUGCUGCACACGGAGCAGCAGGUGUCUGACGCUCUGGCGGCGGCGGAGACGUGGGAGGCGCUCCACGACGAGGAGGCGGAGCACAAGAGGAGGCUGGAGGCGGAGCUACGUCUGCUCAACAGCCGCGUAGCAGAGCUGACGGAGCAGCGGCAGAGCUCACGGGACGGAGGCCGAGCCCAGAGAGACGCUCUGCUGCAGGAGCUCCGGGGACGCACCUCCCAGAGAGAGGAGGCGCACCUGCAGCAGCAGAGCCUCCAGGUGAGCCUCCUGCACCUGUGGAGCGGUGGCUGGUGGUGUCGUGUGGUGUCAUGUGGUGUCAUGCUCCCUCAGGAGAAGCUGGCCCUGUGCCAGGUGGAGCUCCAGCAGGUCCGAGCCUCCACGCUGCAGAACGAGGUUCUGUUGGACCGCUACAGGCUGCAGGUUGGAGAGACCCGGGCCGAAGCCCAUGAGUACUGGGCUCGGCUGGCCCAGGCGGAGCAGGAGGGCCGGGCGGUGCGCAGGGAGGUGGAGCAGGAGGAGCAGGAGGAGGAGCAGGAGGAGGAGCGCCGCCAGCUGCUGGGCCGGCUGGAGGCCUUGGAGCUUCUUCCUGCUGCCCUCCGGCGCUCUGAGCUGCAGCUGCAGGAGGUCCAGGACCGGGAGCUCAGCAUGGAGGCCCGCAGCACGGAGCUCAGCACCAGCCUCCAGGACCUCUGCAUGAAGGUGGAGGCCCAGAGCAGCCAGGUGGAGGUCCUGAGGCAGAGGAACCAGGUUCUGCUGGAGGAGAACCGGCAGCUGCAGCAGCGAGUGGUCCGUCUGGACAGAACGCUGCGUGAGGCGGGCACUCAGAGCGCCGACCUGCUGGCGCUGCUCGCCAAGCGGGAAGACGCCGCCCACAACGCUCAGGGGCUCCUGGAGGAAAGAACCACAGAGUGUGGUCAGCUGGGCCGGAGGCUGGAGGAGGCCCUGGAGGACGCCCGCCUACAGGUGUCAGAGUCCAGAGGUCUUGCUGCCACCAGAGGGCGCUCCGCUCAGAACCAGGUGCUGGACCUGGAGGCUCAGCUCAGCAGGACCACCUCAGACCUCCGUCAGCUGAGGCGCAACAAGGCGGAGGUGGAGCGGCGGCACCAGAGCCGCCUGCAGGAUGUGAAGGACCGUCUGGACCAGUCCGACAGAACUAACCGGAGUCUGCAGAACUACGUCCAGUUCCUCAAAGCCUCCUACACCAACGUGUUUGGAGACCUGGACCCCUCCCCCCCUGAUGGUACCGGGGGUCUGGACCCCUCCCCCGGCCCCUGAUGGUACCUCUGGACCCCUCCCCCCUGAUGGUACCUCUGGACCCCUCCCCCCCUGAUGGUACCGGGGGUCUGGACCCCUCCCCCGGCCCCUGAUGGUACCUCUGGACCCCUCCCCCCCUAACGGUGGUCUGAGCCGGUUGGACAUUCACUCAGCCGUCACCAUGGUUACUGGGGUCAUGCCGUGUGGACCAGGUGGACUAAAGAUCUUCAGGAACAUGAAGGCCUGAAAUGAAGAAUGUAGAUGGGAGACCUGUAACAUGUGACAGGUAACAUGUGACAUGGUGGUGAGGAUCACGUGAUGCUGACAUGUUUACUCUGCAGUGUUAAUAAAUGAUACUCUAUGA